AUGGAUCUAUUCAAAGCUUUCUUAGGCUUUCGUGGCAGUGCUCUUUCAACGGCACAACUCCUUCUCGUUGUUGCGCCAGCUUUCAUCCUGUUUGGAUAUAAUCAAUCCAACCUCGGUGGCCUUGUUUCAUUAGCAGACUGGACUCAAGUCUUCCCCAGUAUCGAUACCAAGAACACUACGGGCACGCAGAAAUCAACCAAUGCGACUCUUCAAGGCCUAGUUAUAGCUACAUUCACUCUUGGCGCCUUGCCAGGCUGUCUUUCGUGCUCGUACACGGCCGAUCGCUUCGGAAGACGCCCAAUAAUCGCAUCAGGCGCGUUACUCACAUUGGUCGGCGAAAUCCUUGAAGCGUCGUCCUUCCACAUUGCACAACUCAUCACUGGUCGUGUGGUGCUGGGCGUAGGCGUCGGCAUGUUGAGUGGAGUUGUCCCAACAUGGCAGAGUGAAUGCAGCAGUUCGCAUACACGCGGUCGACAUGUCGUUCUCAGCGGACUAUUCAUUGCACUCGGCUACGUCCUCCAAGCUUGGAUCAACUUGGGCUUCUACCAGUUCCCAACCGGCCCUCUCACCUGGCGCCCACCCAUCAGUAUCGCGAGUUUCUUUAGCAUUGUGCUUAUAUGCUGCGUCUUUCUCAUGCCCGAGUCUCCGCGGUGGCUAGUUCAUCAAGGACGUGUGUCCGAGGCCAAGGAGGUGAUGAGCGCACUCCGGGACUCGGAAGAGACCAGCAGCGAUAUUCUAGCAGAGAUUGCUGCCAUCGAGCUGAGUCUUGAGGAGCAAGGGGGCAAGCAGGCGAGGCUGAGCGAUCUUUUGAAAAUGGGCGAAGACAAACUUCUGUACCGCUUUGCACUUUGUCUCCUGCUACAAUUCUUCCAGCAAAUGAGCGGUGGAAACCUAAUCUCCGUCUACAGCACCGUCAUCUUUCAGAACGGCCUUGGGCUCGAAGCACAAACGAGCCGCUUACUCUCUGGCGGUACACUGACUUGGAAACUACUCAGCUGCUUUGUGAGUUUCUUCACGAUUGAUAAGCUUGGUCGACGUAGCGCCUUUCUAGUCUCUGGCACCGGUAUGGCGACAUGUAUGCUGGGACUGGCAGUAGCGACAUCGUAUCCAACUUCCAACUAUGCCGCCCAGAUUACCAGCGUCCUCUUUGUCUUCUUGUUCAACUUCUUUAUUCCGAUUGGCUUUCUAGGCGCCAACUUCUUGUACUGCGCCGAGAUAGCGCCCCUGAGGCUCAGAGUCGCCAUGAGCAGUAUUAGUACUGCUAAUCAUUGGCUUUGCAACUUUCUGGUGACCAUGGUUACACCCGUUGCCAUCCAGAAUAUCGGGUAUCGCUAUUACAUCGUAUAUACGGUCAUUGGAUUUUGCAUCCCACUAACAGUGUAUUUCCUGUAUCCAGAGACAAUGGGCAUGCGCUUGGAGGACAUUGACUUGAUGUUUAGAGAAAGUCCUUCGGUAUGGGCAACAGUCAAAUUUGCGACGACCAGACAGCAGAGAACGGAGACCGAGAUACUUGGUGAUAAGAAUUUGGUAGAACAUCAAGAGAAGGUAUAG